AUGGCCAAGGCAGGCCUACAUGUUCUUCUGUACCCAUUGUUGCUUACAGCUCUUCUCCAAAGCUGCCAUGGCCAGGAAAGAAAGGUUCACAUUGUAUACAUGGGAGAGCGGCCUCAGGGAGACUUUUCUCUUGCAUCAACUCACCAUUCCAUGCUUGAAGGAGUACUCGGAAGUAUUUCAUCGGCCAAAGAGUCGUUAGUUUACAGUUAUGGGAGGAGUUUCAACGGUUUUGCAGCGAAGUUGACCGACGAAGAAGUUGGCAAGUUAUCAGAAAUGGAGGGUGUAAUUUCAGUGUUUCCAAACCAUAAACUAAAGCUUCACACUACAAGGUCAUGGGAUUUCGUGAAUCUCCCAGCAGGCAGCGGCAAAGUUGGAGGCACUCAAGGGGAUGUCAUUAUUGGGCUUCUUGAUACAGGAAUUUGGCCAGAGUCUGAAAGUUUCAGCGAUGAAGGGCUCAGCUCACCACCCAGUAAAUGGAAGGGCAAAUGCAUAGGUGCCAACUUCACCUGCAAUAACAAGAUCAUUGGAGCACGUUACUACAAUAGUGACAACUCCUUCGACAGCACUGACUUUAAAUCUCCAAGGGACUCUGAGGGACAUGGAACCCAUACUUCCUCAACCGCUGCAGGAAUAGAGGUAGCUGGAGCGAGCUACUUUGGGCUAGCAAAAGGAACUGCAAGAGGUGGAGUUCCCAGCGCAAGGAUCGCCAUGUAUAAAGUUUGCUGGUCAUCCGGAUGUUCUUCAGCAGAUGUCCUGGCAGCAUAUGAUGAUGCAAUAGCAGACGGAGUUGACAUUAUUUCAGUGUCCCUUGGUUUUGGCUCGUUUCUCCAAUACUUUGAAGACCCAAUUGCUAUUGGGUCUUUCCACGCAAUGAGAAAAGGGAUUUUGACCUCGGCUUCUGCCGGGAACUCGGGGCCUUAUCCGUUUACCGUCAAUAAUUAUGCACCUUGGAUUGUCACUGUUGCGGCCAGCACCAUUGACAGGAAAUUUGUUGCUCAAGUUGUGCUUGGAAACGGACAAGUCUACACCGGUCUCUCCAUCAAUAGCUUCAAUCUAUAUGGAAAAUCAUUUCCCUUGAUUUGGGGAGGAGAUGCUGCAAACUACUCUGCAGGAGCUGACACAGAGAUUUCAAAAUUUUGCUCUCUUGGGACCCUGAAUUCAUACGAAGUUCUAGGAAAGAUCGUCUUAUGUGAGUCCCUCGACGAUGGCACCGGCGUUCUACUAGCCAACGGUGUGGGAACCAUUAUGGCGGACUCAUCCUUCAAAGAUUAUGCCUACAAUUACCCGCUACCAGCAACAGUAAUCAGCACAGAAGAUGGCCUCAGAGUUUUGGACUAUAUCAGAUCAACAGAAAAACCAAUCGCGACUAUUCUUGUCGGUGAGAUAUGGAAGGACGUCAUGGCACCUUAUGUUGUAUCGUUUUCUUCUAGAGGACCAAACCCCAUCACCCCCGACAUUCUGAAGCCAGAUCUCACAGCCCCUGGAGUGGACAUUCUUGCUGCUUGGUCUCCUGUGGCACCACCCUCAAUCGCUUUUGAGGACACUAGGAGUGUGAACUACAACAUAAUUUCUGGCACAUCCAUGUCUUGCCCUCAUGUUAGUGGUGCAGCUGCUUAUAUUAAGGCUGCCCAUCCAAAUUGGUCCCCUGCCGCCAUUAAAUCUGCACUCAUGACCACAGCUUACAACGUGGACCCAAAGAAGCACGAAGAUCUUGAAUUUGCCUACGGAUCAGGUCAAAUCAACCCAUUGAGAGCCGUAGACCCCGGGCUCGUCUAUGAUGCAUCUGAGGCAGACUACAUUGACUUUCUGUGCAGGCAGGGCUACAAUACCACCACGCUAAAACUCAUCACAGGAGACAACAGCAGUUUCUGCACCACCACAGUGCCUGGAAGAGCUUGGAGCCUCAAUUAUCCCUCAUUCUCCGUAGCCGUGGAAGAUGGUUUGCCAAUUAGAGCUGUGUUUAGUAGAACAGUCACCAACGUUGGCCCGCCAAACUCUACCUACACUCUCAGUUGGUACAUGCCUCCCUCAAUUAACGUUGUAGUGGAGCCAUCAGUCCUAUCAUUCUCUGCCACCGGCGAGAAAACGUCGUUCACAGUCAAAGUCUACGGCCCAAGUAUUGCACAGCGGCCAAUUACAUCAGGAGCAAUUAUUUGGAAUCAAGGGGUUCAUGUGGUGAGAAGCCCACUUGUGGUAUACACAGUUCUUCCCGGUUCCUCUUUACCCUUCUCCUUAUCUAAAAAAAAAAACAAAUUUCAAACGUUCCUCCAUGUAUCAUAA